AUGAAUCGUUUCGCAGGGAAAGUUGCUCUUGUUACAGGAUCUUCUAAUGGAAUCGGUCGUGCUACAGGUAUCCUCUUCGCACAGGAAGGUGCCAAGGUAACUAUCACUGGAAGGAACACCAAACGACUCGAGGAGACCCGUCAAACAAUUUUGAAGGCUGGAAUUCCAGAAAGCCACGUUUUGGCGAUUCCAGCAGAUUUGGCAACCGAAGAAGGACAGGACAAGUUGAUCAACGAGACUGUCAAAAAGUUUGGGCACCUCAAUAUUUUGGUGAACAAUGCUGGAACAGCAUUCUCAGACGCCGAAGGACGCAUUGGGCUGGAUCAACCCGUUUCGGAUUUUGAUAAGGUUAUGCGCAUUAAUUUGAGAAGUGUUGUUACCUUGACCCAGAAGGCUAAGGAUCACUUGAUCAAAGCGAAAGGAGAAGUUGUAAAUGUUUCUAGUAUCGCUGGUGGACAACAAGCGAUGACUGGCGCUAUGUACUACGCAAUGACCAAAUCCGCUCUUGAUCAAUUCACCAGAAGCACAGCCAUUGAUCUCAUUGACCACGGAGUUCGUGUCAACUCUGUGAGCCCUGGAGUAGUUGUGACUGGAAUCGGUGAGGCUAUCGGGAUGCCCGAAGGAUCUUUCGAGAAGAUGGCUGAAUUUUUGGAGUCCAGAAAAGAAUGCAUUCCUUGCGGGAAAGCUGCUCAACCAAUCGACAUCGCAAAUGUCAUCGCAUUCUUGGCAGACCGUAAACUCUCUUCGUAUAUCAUUGGACAAUCGAUGGUGGCCGAUGGAGGAUCCUCGUUGAUCAUGGGAAUGAAUACAGUUGAUAUGAAUAGCAUUUUGACCUCUUCUUGA